CUGGAAUUCAACACCAAACAGCAGCAGGAGACAUGUCAGCAUCCGCAUCGCAGUCUGGGCUGAGGCUGGUGCUGCUGGGCCAGAGGAAUGCAGCACGGAGACCUGCGGUCUGCUCUCUGCUGGACCUGGAGGACCAGCCUGGCCCAGAUGUGGACGGAGUUCAGGGCUGCAGCAAGCAGAGAGGGGAGGCGGCAGGCCGACAGGUAGUGGUAGUCUCCAGCCCAGCCUGGUUCAGCUCGGCCUGCGACCCAGAGGAGAGGACAAAACACAUCUCCUCCCUCAUCGCUUCAUCCAGCCCUGGGCCUCACGCCUUCCUGCUCUGCGUGCCUCUGAACCAGCCGGCGGACGGAGAGGCCAGGGCUCUGGACGCCCUGAUCCAGCUGCUCGGCCCCUCUGCUGUGGCCAGCAACACCAUCAUACUGUUCACCCACACGGAGGAGCUGGACGAGGACGAGCAGCUGGAGGAAUACCUCAUCACGUGGCGCAAAGACCUCCAAAACCUGGUGGAGAGAUGCGGCGACCGCUACCACACCCUGGAAACCCGUAACGGAGGACCGGAGGAGAAGCAAGCUGUGGAGGAGCUGCUGGAGAAGGUGGAGCAGGUGGUGAAGGAGAGCGGGGGCCAGCACUUCAGCUACCCCCUCUACCAGGAAGCCGAGGAAAGGGUGAGGGAGAAACAGGUAGAGCUUGUAAGUGAAAGGAGGGGAGAAGAGCUGAGCGACCAAGCAUCUCCCACAAACUCACACCCAGAGGUGUCGGAGGAGGAGAUGGGAGCGGUGCGGGAGGAGGCGGAGAGGAGCAUUGGAGAUUUGAACGUGGAUGUGGACAGUAUUUUCUCUUCUCCUGCUGUCUUAGCUUCCUCUCCGGCUCUGUCACCUCUCGGGGGCUUGUGGGAGAAGCUCCUGGCCUGGAUCCGGUGGCUGCCCACUCUGGUGAGAAGGGAAGCGCUGCUGGGGGCCCUGGUGGGCCUGUUUGUGGGGGGGCCCGUCGGAGGGAUGGUGGGCGCCUCGGUGGGCUCUGUGGCCACUGAGGUGGGGAGAAGAAACACCCAGAAAAAUAAAUGAGAGAUGAUGUCACAACAUAUGCUUCACUACAUUUAGCUGCUUUCAGCAAAACACCUACUGAGCUAAGACCUGGCGAAAUACUAUUUAUAGUGGCACUUGAAACACUAUAGCAGCAUAAAUAUGACCUACCUUUAUGUCUGAAUAGCAUAAAUCCGCUUUCCAGUAUAACAAAUUCUUCCUGUCUGUCAAAUAAGUUGGUAGUAUCAUGGUCCGGGCCUGCUUUGCUGCAUCCGGACUGGAAAACGUUUCAUCAUUGGAAUUAUACCUGCGUAGUUCAUGAAAGGAUGUCAUCACAUCAUAUGUGACCGUCAAUCAUGUUGCUGGGCAACAAUGUUUAUAGAAAAAACUAAUUGCCUUUGAGUAUUCAAGCCAAAGUCUUUACUUUAAUGAAACUGAAAUAAUAAAGAUUGAAUAGAGAUGUACUUUUUUUUAUUGCUCCUUUUCCAAUAUUCAGAAUAUCAUUUCCUAAAUAUGGAGGAAAAAUCUGAUGUGGAUGAUUCAUAUGAAGAAAUCCACCAUUGCAGAGUUGAAGCUUUUCUCUUCUCAAAACACACCACAAUUCCAACAAGCUGAUGUUUUGGAUUAGUUAGUUUAGUUACAGUUACUGUUACACAAGCGCCUCCUACCCGAUACUGAAAGCAGCAAAUCAGAGAUUUUUGACACCAGUCGCAGCGAUGCUGCACAAAAUUAUUUUAAUAUAAAUAGAUCUGUGCUAUUUUCAUUCAAUUAAAAGAAUGAUUUCCCUGUGUUUUAGGCCAUAUUUGUGCAGAAGUAUUAAAAUAUCUAGUGUUUACAGGCUUUCAUCACCAUGUGUUACUCAUCUCUAAGAUCACUACUUAUUUGUUGACUGAAAUUACACAGUUCUUAGAGAACUUUAAAAUAAUGUUUUAAUGCUUUUUGGGUGAAUUAUAAGAGAUUUUCUGCGUGUGCUUCAUCCUCUAAGUUGCAAUCUCUUUUUUUUUCAUUUUACUUGUACAAGCAUCUUGGUUGUUUCAUUUUUGUCCUGAAUUUGUUCACCCAAAGAAGACUGUCAUACCUGGAGGCAUAAAUGUAGUUCCAGGGGCCUUUUCUGUGUUUUCUGGCUUAUCUGGCUUAUCUACAAUAUGAUGAAAAUGUCUUUUAUCUUAUACAUGACAUGAGCUCAAAAAAAAACAAAAACAGGUGUAGAUAUGUUGUACCAGAGUUAGGGUACAGAAAUGACAAGAAACUUUUGAAGUUUGCUGGCUCUGUCUUGUGUAAGAUUGGGCAGAAUCUCCUAAUAAGGUCAUUUUCUGCAGGAAGUUUACAUUCCGAUUAGAGGACACUUGGCUGACUAAGUUUGUGGCAGAAUCCUCCAAUUUUCCAUAAAUGUCUCAUUGCAAUUGUCAGUGUUUGUUUGUUCUGAAAUAAUUAUGACAUUUUGGAGCUUUUCUGGGUGCAGAACUGCAGCAGAGGACUCAGAGAUUCCAAAUAAGAUGACUGGAAACUUGCAUAAUCUGAAUACUUUAAACCCUCCAUCCCAAUUUGUUUUGACCAAGAAUCCCAGUGCAUUCUGAAGCUGUGUGCUGACUUUGAUGAGAAGCUGCUUCUUUGUUUCUACAAUAAUGAGUUACAGCUGAGACGGCAGCUAAUUCUCCACGGGAUCCUGACCACACCACUUCAAACAGGACAUGGAGUUUUAUUCAUAAAAAUAGUACUAAACAAAAAUAAUUGCUGUGGGUAUACAACAGUCAGAUUAGUUUUCCCAUCAUGCGCAGGCUAUUUAUCUCUGAAUAGUUCAUUAACCAUUUGAGUGGGUGGUUUUGAACUGACAGUAGGACUCCAAUCAGACCAGCUUCUGGCUUGGUUUUACUGUUCCCAAAUGCCUAUGGGACCAUGAUUAUAAAUGCAUAUUAUAUUUUAAAGAUGUGGCAAUUGGGUUUACAUGGCCAAAACAUAAAAAAGGCUGUCUACUGUGGUAUUUGUCAUUAUGUUAAACUGGGACCGCACAAACACAAAGAUCACAUGCUUGUAGGGUCUUUUACUUGAUCUCAUAUCCAUGAAUGUUAUAAUUAAUGGCAUAUUCUUGACUCUCAUUCCCUGUUACUGCUGACUUUGAAAACACCUGCUGUAGUUCUGAGGAUUUAACCUUGAACGCUGAUUGUAGUUGCAGUACCAAAAUAAAUCCACAAGGUGGCGACACUGAACUUGAAAUGGGGACGUUUCCAGCUUACAAGUGAAGUUGUGCUGAUUUGUUUCCCCCCUUGCUUACCAAACUAAAUAAAAGCUGCUGAUU